UCCUACGACAGUCAUUCGUAUUGCAGUCGGUGCCGAUUUUCGUUUGCAAACAAGAAGUUGUUCGUCGCAUUCUCAGCCUUCCCGUGUGGUGAUUAUACGCUCUUCAUAACUCAAGAAUAUGAUUCGAGGUGAAAGAAGCGCUUUGGUCACGGUGGCCCUCCUGCUGAUUGGCCUGUCCGCCCUAUUGAACGAGGCCCGAGCUGAAAACCUAUUCCCCACUUCCCUAGACGAUGGCAAUCUAGAGGAGGAAGCUCGUUAUGGAGUUAUUUCGUUAACGCCGUCGACGUCGUCGCUCAAUUACACCGUAAACUUGUCGGGUCUUCUUGUGUUGGGAUUGGGUGUCGCAGCCGCUACCAUGUUCUGGGCCCACGUUACCACACUAUCCGAUAACAGACUCAAGAGAUCGGCAAGCGAUGAGGGCACUGCCUCGCUGGCCAUUGCUCUCAACAAUAUGCACAGACGAUUCGAACGUGCUGAAAUCUACGAAAUGGCCUGCCGUCAACGAAUCAUUUGCGAAAUUGGAGCUGAGAAAAAGGAUGACUUCCCUGAAAAUAGCUUUGCAUAUUCGGUCAAUUCUUUCUUCGGCUCGGUUAACGGAAACAAGAUGCUCACGGAAAGCUUCGAGAACCACAAAAGAGCGAAGAGUUACCUGAUGGCCUGGAACGAGGGCAAGGGAGGAAAAAAAUGCAAAACUGUUUACGACCAGUGUUCCAUGACUAACGAUAGCAUAAACAAGCUCAUCAAAUCUUCGGAAUAAUAACGAAACUACUGCGAAUCUAGACAAUAGCU